GCACACGUCAAGUGCUCCAGCCAAUCACCUAAGGCCCAAAGAGGCGUGGGCGUGCUCUGAACGCAAUGCCAGCGAAUGGACGCUCGGCGUGAGAACUGCAAUAUGUCCUGCUGUUGCUCCGCCUACAAACAGCGUCCGCACGUACAGCAGAGUAGGGACAGAGAGACUUGAAACGCAAAUUGUGGAACGCAAGAGGUUGCGGCAACUUCCGUAUGUUUCUUCCCUUUUCCAAGCUGUCCAGCUGUCACUUGUGAGCCUCCUGGCACUUCCCUGUUUAAAAAGUUGGAUUGGAGAGUCCGCUGUUCCCAGAGCGGCCCGAGCCGGGGACGUACAGAGUGAGGCCCAGCCUGUCCUAUAGGAUGAGUGGCGAAGAGGAGCCGAAAGCCAAGUAUCCGCUGCAUGUACUGGUCUGGAAUAAUGACUUCCGUGCCCUGGAGAGGGAGCUGGCCGGAAGGGAUAUUGAAGAGCUGGAUCCACGGGGCCGGACACCAUUGCACCUGGCGGUCUCCUUAGGACAUCUGGAGUCUGCUAGGGUGCUUCUCAGGCAUAAGGCAGAUGUCACAAAAGAAAACCGGGAUGGCUGGACUGUUUUGCAUGAAGCUGUGAGCACCGGAGACCCAGAGAUGGUGCAGAUGGUUCUGCAGUACCGAGAAUUCCACAAGGCGUCUACAGCCCUUGGAGGAGUUCCUGAGCUCCUUAAUAAAACAUUGGAGGCUUCUGAUUUCUAUGUGGAAAUGAAGUGGGAGUUCACAAGUUGGGUUCCAUUGUUGUCCAGAGUGUGUCCCAGUGAUGUUUGUCGGAUAUGGAAAAGCGGUGCCAAGCUUCGUGUUGAUGCCACUCUGUUAGGUUUUGAGAAUAUGAGCUGGAUCCGUGGAAAGCAUAGCUUUAUAUUUAAAGAAGAAGAUAACUGGGCAGAGCUGAUGGAGAUCAACCAUGACGACAGGACAGUCACCAAGGAACGCUUUGACAUCUCACAGGAAAUAGAGGGCAUUACUUUGGAUUCCAUGCAGCCAGCAGAGCGGGAAGUCACCAAGAGACUCACCUCUCCUGUUAUUAACACUUCCCUGGAUACAACUUCAAUUGCCUUUGAAAGAACAAAGUCUGGAUUCUGGGGCUGGAGGACUGACAAAGCAGAAAUGGUUAAUGGGUAUGAAGCCAAGGUUUACUCUGCAAAUAAUGUAAAUGUUAUUACGAAAACACGGACAGAACAUUUAACAGAAGACGAAAAGUCUCGGUAUAAAGCUGACAGGAACUUUUUGGAGUCCUUAUUAGGAACUGUAGAGCACCAGUUUGGAGCACAAGGGGAUCUUACCACAGAAUUUGCCACAGCCAACAACCCGACUGCUAUCACUCCAGAGGAAUACUUUAACCCUGACUUUGACCUUAAAAAUCGGGACAUUGGAAGGCCCAAAGAAUUGACCAUAAGGACUCAGAAAUUUAAAGGCACGCUUUGGAUGUGCGAAGAUUUCCCUCUUUCCUUAGUAGAGCAAGUGACUCCCAUCAUAGACCUAAUGGCCAGGACAAGUUCUCACUUUGCUCAUCUCCGGGACUUCAUAACCCUUCAAUUCCCACCUGGCUUUCCGGUGAAAAUAGAAAUCCCCUUAUUUCACGUGCUGAAUGCAAGAAUUACCUUUGGCAGUGUGAAUACUUGCUCCACGGCAGAGGAGAAGUCUCCAACCACUCCAACCACUCCAACAGGAACACCAGAUGAAGCCGCUGCUGCUCCAACAUUUGAAGUAGAUCAAUCUGUCUUUGAGAUUCCACCGUCAUACCAUAUUCAGGAAAAUGGAAGGAGCCUACAUAUUCGUGAUGAAGAUGAUGAAAUCAUGCAGUUUGCUAUUCAGCAGAGUCUUCUAGAGUGCAGUGGCAAUCAGCAAAUGUCACAAAGCCAUUCAAAUGGAAGCUUUUCUUCAAAUCAGGUGUUUGAUGCCCAGUAUGAAAGGGCUCUGCAGGAAAGCCUUUUUGCCAACUCUCAAAGCGUCCACCCCCCUCUCAGCAGCCAUUCUCAAACCUUUGACAAAGACUUACAAUUUGCUAUGGAACAGUCUGCCAAGGAACAAGAAGAACAAGAAAAGAUGCGUCUCCAAGAAGAGGCCGAGCUGGCAGAGAUUCUCCGGCUCUCUCUUACAGAGAAAUAAACUGUGUGAAUUACAAGAUAAUGACACUGGCUUGGGAACCUCUCAUGAUACGGGUCUAGCCUUCACCUUUCUAAUGCCAGCAGUGAAGAUGCCAUGCGUGAGGGCAUAAGGUCACUCCACAGACUCUGUAUCUACCAAAGAACUGUACAUUUUUGAUACUUUUGAUGUUUAUUUUUUUUUUCCAUUGCUUUAAAGACUUUCACACCAGGGACUCUGCCUCCUUCCUUCUGAUUUCUAGUAGUCAAACAGGCAUCGUAAUAAGCGACUAUUGGCGGAGAGUAAAUUCAGGAUGUAAAUGGAAUGGAUUGGUUUACAGCUUCUCCCUUUUCAGGAAGCGGUAUAGCAGAAGUGUCCUUUUUUUUUAGUUUCUAGAUACAGAUGUAGCUAAAGUAAAUGCAGAGCCGUGUAGACCCCCAUGUAUGUAAAUACUGUAUAUCUGGUGAGUCUUUUAGUUGAACUAGAGCUUACCGGAAGUUGGCACCAGAAGGUGCCACAACUUUGGUUCGGUUACGGAAUCUAUUCAAGUGCUAUGUAAAAAUUUAAAUGAUAGAACAAAAAUACUUUGUAACAAUGGAACAAAACCAUUUCCAGGUAAGAUCACAAAGGCUGUGUUGAAGCACCUGGGACAAUGUAGUCUAUGGUUUGUACUAAACUAAUGAAUAGAAGAUGAUCGAUUUUUCCAGUUAGGCAGCCUGUACACCUUCUGGUGGUGGGACAUUACCCUUUCCAGAAGGCCUCACCAGUAAAUGGCAGAGAUUGUGCGGACGACUACAGUUGCCUUUCCCAGUUGACUCUCGUGGUGCUAUAGAGAAGAUAUUUUCAUUACACAUUUUAAACAGAUGUCAGAAAUUUCCUGAUUUAUUUUAUUUUUUUCUUCUUGUACAAAUGUGCAACUUUCCAAGUAAGGCAAAGGUUUAAAGGAGAACUCUAUUCAAAAAUGAAAAAUCGUUAAGUGUAUUUAUGGUCUUACCACAUUAUAAAUUCUAUACGCGCUCGCUUUGUUACAGUAUGGUUUCUACAUUGUAGCAGGUAAUGGCUUUCAUUUAUUUAUUUAUUAUUUUAGCAGAUCUCCCACCCCAGGAAAUAUCAGCCAUGCAUUACCCAUCCCUACAUAAUAAGCAGUGGGCAGGUGCAUAGAGCCACGUUCCUGCCAAACUCCACCCUCUGUAAAAAAAAAAAAAGAAUACAUUUAGAAAAUCCAAUCUGACAAUGAGGCUAAGCUAAAGUUUCCAACCAUGAUCAUGACUGAUAUCCUUCAUGCACAGGUUACUGUUACGUGGGGCUUUGAAUGCAGAUAAUAUUUUAAAAAUCUCAUUACAAUUUUUAAGUGUGUAAUCUGCGGUGCAGAUUUCGAAAAAUGCAGCAUGGUGGCUCAGUGGUUAGCGCUGGGGUCCUGGGUUCAGAUAUGACCAAGGACAUCACCUGCAUGGAGUUUGUAUGUUCUCCCUGUGUUUGCACGGAUUUCCUCCAGGUAUUCUGGUUUCUUCCUUUUAUACUUCAAAGACAUACUUAUAGGGAAAUUAGAUUGUGAGCUCCAUUGGAGACAGAGAGUCAUCGUUUAAAACUUUGCGGAAUGUGUCGUCGCUAUAUGAGGAAGUCAAAUAAAUGUCAAUUCUUUCUGAGGAUUUUCAUUUCGAACUUCAAAGAGUGAAAUCUGGGUUAAAUGCGCAACAUAAUCCACAAGUAACACAUAUGCGGAUUUUGCUGCAGAUUAAAAUGUACACACAGCAAAUUCUACAUGCAAA